GGGUGUACCCGGGUGGGGAAUCUGAACGCAGCCUGUAAAGGCCAACGAGCGCCGCAUCAAAUUUUUCGGAGCGUUCGCUUACUGCGCAGCAAAAGAGCUGCAAAAUCAGACUUAAAAUUUGUAUCGACCAGAAAGGAAGAGGAGAUUUUUGAAGGCCAAUCUAGCAAGGAAAACUGAAGGCAAAAUGCUGCUGAAAAUACGUAUAUUGUUUAGUAUCAUAAACGUUAUAUAUGCAAUAUUUUGUCGCAUCUUAUUGUUCAUUUAUAAGAAACCGUCAUGUAUACCUCCGAUAACACAUCCGAUACACAUGUGGAGUGCCACGACGCUCGCUAGAAAAAUAAGACAGAAAGAGAUUACGAGCUACGAAGUAGUGGAAGCAUAUAUUUCGCGCAUUAAAGAAGUAAAUCCUUUUUUAAACGCUACCGUUGAUGAACGAUUUUCCGAUGCACUAAUCGAGGCGAAAAGUUGUGACGAGCAAUUAAAAAAAGGCGAAUUUGAUAUUGAAACUUUAGAGAAAUGUAAACCGCUGUACGGUGUUCCAAUUACCAUUAAGGAAAGUCUUGCUGUAAAAGGCUUGAGCCACACAGGUUGCACUUUGCCUCGUAAAGGAGUGAAGGCGGAUCACGAUGCAGUGGUUGUCGAAAUGGUCCGGAAUGCCGGUGCGAUACCAUUGUGCGUUACAAAUACGCCGGAGUUGUGCCUUGCUUACGAUAGCACGAAUCUGUUGUACGGUCGCACCUGUAAUCCUUAUGACACUAGGUAUUCACCCGGUGGAUCGUCCGGUGGAGAGGGUGCAUUGCUCGGAGCAGGUGCUUCCGUAAUGGGUAUUGGUUCGGACAUGGCUGGCUCUAUAAGACUGCCGGCUUUUCUAAAUGGCGUUUUCGGGCACAAACCCACGCCUGGAAUUGUUUCGACUAACGGACACUUCCCAUACACCGAUAACGCAUUCUUUCAAACGAUCCUGACCAUCGGUCCAAUGACCAAAUACGCCGAAGAUCUCAGUCUGCUUAUGAAAGUGAUGACAUCGAAAUGCAAUCACGAUUUACGUCUAGAUGCACCGGUGGAUUUGAGGCAAAUAAAGAUCUAUUAUCGAGAAGGUUUGGACACGACGUUCGGCGUAUUGCCAAUGCCACUGAAAAUUGUGGAAUGCAUUCAGCAAGCCGCUAAUCAUUUUGUUCGAUACGAUAUUCCUGUGAAGAAGUUACCGAUAGAAUGGCCAGUUACGAUUCCCGAAAUUACGUUAACUCAACUUUCGCAAGUAAAGGAUAGGCCUCGAUUGCUACUGGAUGCGAACCAUUCCAAGGAACAGGAAAAGCCAACCGUCGAAUUGAUGAAAGCUCUAUUCGGUUUAUCGCAAUACACGAAGCAGAUGCUUACCUUCGCUGUAUCGUUUCAACCGAAUUUUCCGUUCACGAAGUCAGAGAUAUCGUAUUACUCGAAGCAGACAGACGAGCUUCGACAGAAACUACUGGAUCUGUUGGGGGACGAUGGAGUACUUAUUUAUCCAACCUUCCGAAAACAGUUUCUUCCGCAACUUCUGCUAUGCGAAUUAUUAUCCUUUUCGAGUUGUGCUUUAUUCAAUAUUUUCGGCUGUCCCGCGACGCACGUUCCGAUGGGAUUGGAUCAUGAAGGGAUGCCAGUAGGCGUUCAGAUCAUAGCCGCGCCUUAUCAAGACCGUCUCUGUCUGGCGGUUGCAAAAGAGCUGGAGAUGACCUUUGGUGGAUGGGUGCCACCAUCGGUAUCGAUAGGCGUGUUUGAAGGCGUCGACGACGACAAAGACGAUGACGACGACGACGACGACGGCGACGGCGACGGCGACGGCAACGACGACGACGACGGCGACGGCGACGGCGACGGCAACGACGACGACGACGACGGCGAUGGCGGAGAGCAGCCAAUGUGACGAGUGGGGACUGGGGAGCUCUUCCUGUCUCCUUCUUUCGCGAGGAAUUUUUCCUUUUCGAUCUAUCUUCUUAAUUCUGUCUUCAGCGUUCUCUUUCUUUCUUAUAACACGUAGGAAUAGGCGAUGUUAAAAAAAAAUAAUUAGUAUUCGAAAAAUUGAUUAUAAAAUACAUCGCUUUUUCAUAAUAGAUAAAAUUUAAAAACAUCGAUAAUAAUCGAUUUAUUUUAAUGUUUUUUGAAUUUAUCUUAAUAUCUAUAUGAAUGGUCAUUUCCAAAAAGAUUGCAACACUUUUUUUGAUAAGUUUCGAAACAUAGCUUUGCUCAUAAAGCGGAUGAACGUAAUUGGUUAGAUCCGUAAGAAUUAAUUAGACUACAUUCCGAAACUCAUCAAAAAGUGUUGCAAUCUUUUUGGAAAUGACCGUACAAUUUUAAUAUCUAUAUAUGUACAAUAAAAAAAAACAAUUGUUUAUUACAUAUUAUAUAUUAUUCGUUGUACAUAUCUUUUAUAAACAUUUUAUAAACAUAACGCAUAUUAAUAGUGAAUAUAAAAACAUAUUGUGUAUGUAAAACAGGGGGCCUAUUCUCGAAAAAAUAUUGCAUACGAAAAUACUAGGGAACUCUAUAAUAUAUGUAACGUAUACUAUAAUAUUUUUGUAUAUUUUCGUAUGCGAUAUUUUUCGCGAAUAGGCCCCCAAAAGUACUCAUACAUAUUAAAUACGUACAAAAUUUUAAUUGUAACGUGGACAAAUGCUCGUAUCAGACUAAAGAUUGAGAUGGGAUUGGAAUUUAACUAAUCCGAAGGAAUUAAGAUAACUAACCUCAAGUUUGAUUAAUUUUGUUUUAAUUAAAAUAGUCAAAUUCCAAUUCAAUCGCAAUCUUAAUCUCUAGUCUGAUUACUGUUAAACUCGCACGCAGAAUGGAAAGACUAAUUGGCAGUUGCAUAACACCGACAAUAAAUCAAAAUAGUAGAGACAUAAUAUAAAUAACGUUAUGAUAACACUGUCCCAAGAAUAUAUUUUUAUCGAAAUUAAAUAAAUAUAUAUUAAAAUAAAAUGUAUUUUGUUUGCCUGGGGUUAAGAAGGUCAGACUUCUUUAUCAAAAACUUCUUUAAAUACAUUAUCUUAUUUAAAAAAUUACUAUUUUCUUAUUAUUUGUACAAUCCUUUAUAUUUUCUACAUUCUAUUUAUGUAGAAAAUAUAAAUCCAAGGAGAAUAGGAAAGUCAAAGUAAUUUGAUGUCAAAUUGAUCAAAUUUACAUAUUUUAGUCAUGAUUUAACAAAAAAUGAUGUAAAUUAGAUCAAUUUGACAUCAAAUUAACAUUAUUUUGACUUUUCUGUUUUCCUUAGAAAGAAUUGUACAAAGAAUAAAAACAUAGUAAUUUUUUAUAUAAGAUAAUGCAUUUAGAGAAGUCUUUAAGAAAAAGGUUUGACUUUCUUUUAACAAAAAUGUAAUGAAUAUUUUUUCAUAGUUUUUAAUAUUAUACAUGUCGAUAUAAUUAAAUUUUAAAUUAAAAAUUCUAUUGAAAAUAUAUUAGUAUUUAAUGUAAACGAAAAAUAAGAUUUUGCUAUUUUUAGCUGUUUUGUACCGUUACAUUUUAUUAACUAAUAUUAUUAACAUUAUCAGAAAGACGAGUUCCAUAUUGCAAUAGCUUCGAAUAAAUUGUAUCCGCGCGUCUUGAGCGUCAUAUUUUAACUUCCGUGUAAAUCAAGUGUAAUCAUGCAAAGUGUUACACGGCCUGAUUUACACCAAAGUUGAACAUAUAUGUACAAAUGUAAGUGGAUAUAAUAAAUAGGGAAAGAGAAAACAAAA